GCGAUACCCGGAAUCUGGUUUGGUGAUCUUCGAGAGUGAUCGGAUCUUCACGUUCCACGAUGUCGAUUGUGCCGCUCGUUUUCCGCAAUUGGUGGGACGACUUCGAUCGUUCGUCCACGACUAUGUCGCGGCUCUUGGACCAGCACUUCGGUACUGGCCUCAAUCGGGACGAUCUACUUUCAAAUCUCUCCGGUUUCAACAUCGAUCGGCCAUCCCUACGCUCGAUCUACGGGAGGUACUACCGACCGUGGGGGAACGUGACGCGUCAAAAUUCGAGCGGGACCAGCACGAUUCAGUUGGACAAUGAUAAUUUUCAGGUGAUACUGGAUGUGCAACAAUUCUCACCGGACGAGAUCACGGUGAAGACGGUCGACAAUCACGUCGUUGUCGAGGCCAAGCACGAAGAGAAGCAGGACGAACACGGCUACAUCAGCAGACACUUCGUACGCAGAUACGUCCUGCCCCCGUCUCACGACCUCGUCAACAUCACCUCGACUCUCUCCUCGGAUGGUGUACUAACUAUCACGGCGCCCAAAAAGAACGUGACGCCGCCUGGCACGGAAAGAGUCAUCAACGUUGUUCAAACGGGAGUACCAGCUGCCAAGCCGGUUCCCAUUGAAACAACUGCUACUGAUGCUACUACUACAACUACGACCACUACUACUAACUAAAGAAUUCAUUGUCCGAAACUUUC